CCGUGGAAUGCCAACAAUGUAGCGAAUGUCCCGCUCGGGUCUGCGCUUCGGAACCGCGGCGUGAGCGCCCCGGGAAGAUGGAGCCGCCGCCGCCAGCGCCGCCGCCGCUUCCCCGGGCUCCCCCGACCCUCCGGGGUCAGCAACCACUGCCGCCACCGGCGCCCGGUCUCCCGGCGCGCGAGGUCCCGGAGCCGCGGGCCAGGACGCCGCCGAGGGUGUAGAGCGCUCCCGGAGAGAGUGAUGGUCUUCAAAAUGAAAACUCUGGAAAAUUUUAGGUUCUCUUUAGGAACUACAAAAAUUGAAGGACAGCAAUUUUUUGAAAGGAAGUUGUUCUGAAAGCAUGUUUACAAUUCACUGACACUGUUGACUGUUCUCUUUAAAAUAAUAAGACGCUUUGAGAAGAUUGUAUUUAUGGUAAAAGGAAACUGGACUAACAAUGAGGCCAAAGACUUUUCCUGCCACAACUUACUCUGGAAAUAGCCGGCAGCGAUUGCAAGAGAUUCGAGAGGGGCUGAAGCAGCCAUCCAAGGCUUCCACCCAGGGGCUGCUGGUGGGACCAAACAGUGACACUUCCCUGGAUGCCAAAGUCCUGGGGAGCAAAGAUGCCUCCAGGCAGCAGCAAAUGAGAGCCACCCCGAAGUUUGGACCUUAUCAAAAAGCUCUCAGGGAAAUCCGAUAUUCCCUCCUGCCUUUUGCCAACGAGUCAGGCACUUCGGCAGCUGCAGAGGUGAACCGGCAGAUGCUUCAGGAGUUGGUGAAUGCGGGAUGUGACCAGGAGAUGGCUGGCAGAGCGCUCAAGCAGACGGGCAGUAGGAGUAUCGAAGCUGCCUUGGAGUACAUCAGUAAGAUGGGCUACCUGGACCCCAGGAAUGAGCAGAUUGUGCGAGUCAUCAAGCAGACCUCCCCAGGAAAGGGCCUGGCGCCCACCCCGGUGACUCGGCGGCCCAGUUUCGAGGGCACAGGGGAAGCACUCCCAUCCUACCACCAGCUGGGUGGUGCAAACUACGAGGGCCCCGCCGCACUGGAGGAGAUGCCGCGGCAAUAUUUAGACUUUCUCUUCCCUGGAGCCGGAGCCGGCACCCACGGUGCCCAGGCUCACCAGCAUCCUCCCAAAGGGUACAGCACAGCAGUAGAGCCAAGUGCGCACUUUCCGGGCACACACUAUGGUCGUGGUCAUCUACUAUCGGAGCAGCCUGGGUAUGGGGUGCAGCGCAGUUCCUCCUUCCAGAACAAGACGCCACCAGAUGCCUAUUCCAGCAUGGCCAAGGCCCAGGGUGGCCCUCCCGCCAGCCUCACCUUUCCUGCCCAUGCUGGGCUGUACACUGCCUCGCACCACAAGCCGGCGGCUACCCCACCUGGGGCCCACCCAUUACAUGUGUUGGGCACCCGGGGUCCCACGUUUACUGGCGAAAGCUCUGCACAGGCUGUGCUGGCACCGUCCAGGAACAGCCUCAAUGCUGACUUGUACGAGCUGGGCUCCACGGUGCCCUGGUCUGCAGCUCCACUGGCACGCCGCGACUCGCUGCAGAAGCAGGGUCUAGAAGCCUCGCGGCCGCAUGUGGCUUUUCGGGCUGGCCCCAGCAGGACCAACUCCUUCAACAACCCACAACCUGAGCCCUCACUGCCCGCCCCCAACACGGUCACCGCCGUGACGGCCGCACACAUCCUUCACCCUGUGAAGAGCGUGCGUGUGCUGCGGCCCGAGCCCCAGACAGCCGUGGGGCCCUCGCACCCCGCCUGGGUGGCUGCGCCCACAGCACCUGCCACUGAGAGCCUGGAGACGAAGGAGGGCAGCGCAGGCCCACACCCGCUGGAUGUGGACUAUGGCGGCUCCGAGCGCAGGUGCCCACCGCCUCCGUACCCAAAGCACUUGCUGCUGCCCAGUAAGUCUGAGCAGUACAGCGUGGACCUGGACAGCCUGUGCACCAGUGUGCAGCAGAGUCUGCGAGGGGGCACUGAGCAAGACAGGAGUGACAAGAGCCACAAAGGUGCGAAGGGAGACAAAGCUGGCAGAGACAAAAAGCAGAUUCAGACCUCCCCGGUGCCUGUCCGCAAGAAUAGCAGAGAUGAAGAGAAGAGAGAGUCUCGCAUCAAGAGUUACUCCCCUUAUGCCUUCAAAUUCUUCAUGGAGCAACACGUGGAGAAUGUCAUCAAAACCUACCAGCAGAAGGUCAGCCGGAGGCUACAGCUGGAGCAGGAAAUGGCCAAAGCUGGGCUCUGUGAGGCCGAGCAGGAGCAGAUGAGGAAGAUCCUCUACCAGAAGGAGUCUAACUACAACCGGCUGAAGAGGGCCAAGAUGGACAAGUCCAUGUUUGUGAAAAUCAAGACUCUAGGCAUCGGUGCCUUUGGGGAAGUGUGCCUCGCUUGUAAGCUGGACACUCACGCUCUGUACGCCAUGAAGACUCUCAGGAAGAAGGAUGUCCUGAACCGGAAUCAAGUGGCCCAUGUCAAGGCUGAGAGGGACAUCCUGGCUGAAGCAGACAAUGAGUGGGUGGUCAAACUCUACUACUCCUUCCAGGACAAGGACAGCCUGUACUUUGUGAUGGACUACAUACCAGGCGGGGAUAUGAUGAGCCUGCUGAUCAGGAUGGAGGUCUUCCCUGAGCACCUGGCCCGCUUCUACAUUGCAGAGUUGACCCUGGCCAUUGAAAGUGUCCACAAGAUGGGCUUUAUCCACCGGGACAUCAAGCCUGACAACAUACUCAUCGACCUGGAUGGUCAUAUUAAGCUGACAGAUUUUGGCCUCUGCACUGGAUUCAGGUGGACUCACAAUUCCAAGUACUACCAGAAAGGGAACCACAUGAGACAGGACAGCAUGGAGCCCGGUGACCUCUGGGACGAUGUUUCCAACUGUCGCUGUGGAGACAGGUUAAAGACCCUGGAGCAGAGGGCGCAGAAGCAGCACCAGAGGUGCCUGGCACAUUCUCUUGUCGGGACACCAAAUUACAUCGCUCCGGAGGUGCUUCUCCGCAAAGGGUACACGCAGCUCUGUGACUGGUGGAGCGUCGGUGUGAUUCUCUUUGAGAUGCUGGUUGGGCAGCCGCCUUUCUUGGCCCCCACCCCCACAGAGACGCAGCUGAAGGUGAUCAACUGGGAGAGCACGCUGCAUAUCCCUACGCAGGUGAGGCUCAGCGCUGAGGCCCGAGACCUCAUCACGAAGCUGUGCUGCGCGGCUGACUGCCGCCUGGGCAGGGAUGGGGCAGAUGACCUCAAGGCACACCCGUUCUUCAACACCAUCGACUUUUCCCGUGACAUCCGAAAGCAGCCUGCACCCUACGUCCCCACCAUCAGCCACCCCAUGGACACCUCCAAUUUUGACCCGGUGGAUGAAGAAAGCCCCUGGCACGAGGCCAGCGGAGAGAGCGCCAAGGCCUGGGACACGCUGGCCUCCCCCAGCAGCAAGCAUCCAGAGCACGCCUUCUAUGAGUUCACCUUCCGCAGGUUCUUCGAUGACAACGGCUAUCCCUUCCGGUGCCCGAAGCCCUCAGAGCCCGCAGAGAGUGCAGACCCAGGGGAUGCGGACUUGGAAGGUGCGGCCGAGGGCUGCCAGCCGGUGUACGUGUAAGCCUCAGUUAACCACAACUCGAGGAAACCCAAAAUGAGAUUUCUUUUCAGAAGACAAACUCAAGCUUAGGAAUCCUUCAUUUUUAGUUCUGGUAAAUGGGCAACAGGAAGAGUCAACAUGAUUUCAAAUUAGCCCUCUGAGGACCUUCACUGCAUUAAAACAGUAUUUUUAAAAAAUUAGUACAGUAUGGAAAGAGCACUUAUUUUGUGGAUACCCAUCUUUUUCUUACUAAAUUAUAAGGACUGACUGUGAGAAACCAUGCUGCUGUUAUUUCCAUGUGUGUUGUAUCUGAUAGCACUUGUCCACAGCUAGAAAAGGAAGAGCUGGAGAGCGUGAGGCAAGACGUCUGUGCAAUAAGAGAGGAUGAGGCGACGGAGCUCUGCUCAAGUCACGAGGACCGCUUAUCUACACAGUGGCUUAGUUUUGUAUUUUCCCACAUUUCAAAUUGUGAUGUAAUGUUUGAAAGCUGCUUUUGUAUUUUCUCCUUUGCAUAUUAUAGUUCCUAGAAAGAGUGAGCAGAGAGCUGGUGGGUGUGACUCCGGUGUCUGGUGUGGAGAGUACUGCAUGAGCAGGGGUUUCUAGUAUAAAAUACCGUAUCUUGCCAUUCACAGCAGGUCCUGUGAAUACGUUUUUAAAUGAGGUAUUCUAGACAGUGUGCUGAUAAUGUAUUGUGUGGAUGUGUGUUAAAGAAAUGCAUAUGUAUAACUGAAGUGUGAUUUUUUUUUAAUGUGUGUGUGUCUUGGAUAUGACUGAGUUCUUCGGGAGGCAAAUGUAAACAUUUGUCAUAUAUAAAACACAUCAAAAGGGAUUAAGUCAGCUUUGCCAAAACAUUGACAUAAUUCUAGCGUUUUGUCCAUUUCCGUAGUCCUGUCUGCUGUCAGGUGUGGCUGUGGGAGCUGGACCCUGCUAUUCAUUCUUUCACUCACAGGGUUCCCGCAGCCAUAGGUGAUGUAAGGGUCCUGCUUCCUGUGUUCUCAGCCAACCAGGAGGUUCUGUGAAACCCAGUUCUUUGGGCCUCUUUCACAUGAGAGGUGUCUGUCACAUCUCAAUGUGACUUAAUACGUUUUUCUAACUUUGUAAAAAGAAAAAAAGAUUCUUUGAAGCAACAUUGGAGUACAAAAACAAGCCAUACUUUUUUCUUAGACAUAUAGGUGUGUAUAUAACUAUAGAUAAACACACAAAAUAGUCCUUAUUUCAAAUUAGUACGCUUCCUACUUAAGGUGAUUUAUAUUUGAGUACAUUCAGUUUCUUUUGCUUUUCAAGGAUGGAACACAUCCCAUUUUCAUUAUGCUAUGCCAAAUCUUCUCACCAAGGUUCUUAGCACAGUGCACCCGUUACUUAGUAUUAUCUAGGCAGAAACACUUACAAAUUUAUCUAUGUCUAAGAAACAUUCCUGUGUCUGGUUUACAUUUGUAUGAAUGGCAUAUUCUGAAGUCUGCUGUGCUUGUAUUGUGACUUACAGUAUUCUCGCUAUUUUGUAGUAAUGCCGUGUUAUUUACAGCGCUCUGACAUAGUUUGAUGUGGUAGGUUCUUUCUCAGGAACUCAAUUUAACUAUUAUUUAUUGAUAUAUCAUUGCCUUUGAAAGCUUCUACUGGCACAAUUUAUUAUUAAAACUUUAAAGCCUA